AUGGCGGCCUUGAAACCACUUACUCAAUCAAACCAGAAUAGUUUGAAUAACAGCAGCAAGCAGAAGGGCCAAGAUACUGCCGUUACUGCUAGUGCUACUACUACUACUACUACUACUACUACUACUACUAUGACUACUACUCAUACUGCUGCUGUUGAAAGUUUUACAAAGUUGAAAUCAACCAAAUUAUUUAUAGGACCUGGUAAAAGCAACAACACCAGUAAUGAUAAUAAACGCCCUAACACUGAUAGCACUCCACUAUUCCCCCCACCAAAAUCACCAUCGAAGUUCAAUACCAGAAACCCAUUGCUUUUGAGGACUCCAAGAGUCAACCGCGGUCAUUUGAGCCACACCAAUAAUAAAACAUCUGAUUCAACCAUCCAGCUAGAUUUCACCCAGGUCACUGAAAAAUCACCAAUAACUUCUACGCCUUUGGUUAAUAACUUCAAGAACGAUGUGUUGGUACAUGAAGGUGAAUCAACACAAGUCGAAGGACAAUUUACUGCUGACUUACAUACCUACAAUACCAUAUCUGCUGGUAAUGCUACAACAUUAGUUGCGAGUACCGUUAACCAAUCUUUUAUUGAGAAAGAUAUAUUCAUGGAUAAAAUAGACAAGUUAAUCAAUGUCAGCAAAAAAAGAUUGGGAGAAGAUGACCAGCUUUCUAGCAAUAAAACAUUUUACGCAGAAAAUGAAAACUUGUUGAAUGAAUUAGAUCUCAUUGAUGAAGAACCAGAAUAUGCAGGUCAGGAUAAAGUAUUGAUUAAAUUGCUCACGGACGCGUUAGUGAAGGUAAAAAACAGUUCGAACUAUCAAAAGUUAGAAUCCAAGUUGCUAGCUCAAAAUAGCCAAGACUUGACGUGCAAAAUUGAAGUGGAAAAUAAACUAAUGAAAAAGGAAUUGGAACGAUUGAAAGUUGAUUAUUCCUUGGAUAGUAGCAAUACUACAAUAGGUGAAGAUCUGAAGAUUCACAAUCAGAAAUAUGGUAGGUUGAAGAAAAUGACUAAGAACUGUCUUGAAAACUUAGAGACGUUGGUGGACAAAAACCGCGAAUUAUCAAAAAGGGCUCUAAAAUACAAAGUUAAAUACACUACUGCCAAAGAGCUUAUUAGAGAGAAGGAUGGGGAAAUCAGAGCUUUAAAAAGAUCUCAGAAACCUUCACCGCCUAGGUUCAAGAUUGUCCAUCCAUACGAUUAUCAACACCAGUUUGACCUCUCCAAGCAAAAAGAAGCACAACAACAAUACUCUAAGAAUAAUAACAUUGCCAAUAGCAGCAAUAAACUACAAACACAGCAGAAUGGCGACGACACAACAAUAUCUCCAGAUCAUACUAUUAUCACACAUAGUCCAACAGGCACAACGUCAUCUGCUUCAUCCAAUAGCGGUGAAAUUCUUAACAGACUUUUGCCUAAUCCAUUACAAUCUUCGAAUGGCCCAUCAUCGCCUUCAUCAUCAUCAGCUAACGCAGGUUCAAAAGUCAAGAAUACUAACAAUAUGAGGGCUUUCGAUACAUUGAACAUGUUAGCAUCCCAAGCUCUAUUGGCUUCAACCUCAUAUGAAAGAAGUCAAAAGUCAAGGAAGCUAAAUAAUGAAUCCGGGGUGCCAACUAAGAACUCGUACGAUGGUUUUGGAUCCUCUGAAAAAAUGAAUCGGAAAUUACCGAUGAACGAUCUUACUACUAACUUGCCACCAUUGAGUAAUAGAAAUCCUGCCACAAAGUUGCCUGGUAUUGAUCACCUUUUGAACAGACCACCGGCUAUGAAUUAUUCGGCACCAUCACCUGGUUUCCCGAUGUCCGUUAAAGGGAAAGCCAGCCUUGAAUAUAAGUUAAAUCAGGAGAAUAGUGAUACUGAGUCGAGUAACUUGAACUCUAAUGACACUAUUGACGAGGAUCCAACUUAUUAA